AUGACUGCGGCAACAUCAUCCCCCUUUCUCGAUGUUAAUAGACCUUCACUCGGCGACUCAAGAAAAAGGAGCCUGAGUCUUCAACCACCAUCAUUUAAUGCCUCUAGAAGAAGAAGUGUUAGUCCUCAACCUAUAUCGUCUAGUAGAGGAAGAAGUGUGAGUCCUCAACCAUUAUCCUACCGUAAACAUCAAGACACGACUAAAAAAGUUGUUGAUCAAAUAUUGGGAAUUUUCUUGCAUUCACAACGUACUGGAAAAGCUGAUAAUCAACUUACUGAACUCAUCUUGGAUACUAUCAAAAAAUUUAAUUGUGGUGCACCAAAAAUUCUUGAUUGGCUGUCACACAAUCAAAAUAAGUUAGAAUAUAAAACACUCCUUGGAUACUUUUACUUACAUGAUAUAGGCACAGAAAUAGAUACGAGAAAGGCUUACAAUCUUUACCUUGCUGCCGCGAAAAAAGACUAUCCUAUUGCUCAAUAUUUACUUGGUGAAUGGUAA